CAGGAUCCCCGUAAGUAAAAGAUAGAUGAAAUAUGCAUUCAGUGGGACACUUGAUAAGAUAAGAAUAUACGUAAAAUGGAUUGGCUACUAUGUACUAUGUACCUAGAAUAUACCCUUGUCUGGGACGUGCUAACAGAGAAACGUUGAAGGUACCUAUCUUGCUCGGACUUUACGUAGUACCUUGGUACCUACCUACAUAUACGCAGAAGCAAAAAAAAGGUAAAGCGAUAUUAUUCGAGUGUGGGAAACCACUUCCCGGGUGCUGAGACCCCUGCAACAAGGCAGGCUCGAUUAACAUCUAUUCACAUUCACGCAUCUUCUUACUCUUGCAGCUUACAACAAACAACUUGCCAUUCUUUCAUCUCCUUCUCUUCUUCUCUUUUACUCAUCGGCUUGGUUUAUCCCCCCUCUUCCAAGUCAUCAGAGUAUUUCUAGCUUCCUACUCUGCUCGUAGCGGAGCCCCGAAGCUGUUAAAUAGGUAAUUUGAGCUCCGUGCAGUGCUUUCUACGACUUCAUCAAUCGCUCGCGAAACAAGAAGCCUGCCUGCUAUAAGCGUUGAGAACCAUACAAGGUUAUCAUUAGGUAGUCUAUUUCGAGACGAUGUCUCUGUGCCAAUUGCGCCUUGGGGAGGAGAGGAAGCAAUGGAGGAAGGACCAUCCUUUCGGAUUCUGGGCGCGACCAGUUAAGAAUGCUCAGGGCGUUCUCGAUCUGAAGGUCUGGGAGUGCGGUAUUCCUGGCAAGGAAAAGACGAUGUGGGAAGGCGGUCUCUUUAAAUUGACAAUGACGUUUCCUGAUGAGUACCCUACGAAGCCCCCGAAGUGCAAGUUCACGCCGCCUUUGUUCCACCCCAACGUCUACCCCUCGGGCACCGUUUGCCUUUCGAUCCUGAACGAGGACGAAGGAUGGAAGCCGGCGAUCACGGUUAAGCAGAUAGCGCUCGGCAUCCAAGAUCUCCUAGAUAACCCCAACCCGGAGUCUCCUGCGCAGGCCGAAGCGUAUAACCUCUUCAAGCGAGACAAGAUCGAGUAUGAGCGACGAGUCAGGCGAACGGUCAAGGAGAAUCCCGCCUCCUAGAGCGCUCGAACGGUUCCAGUGCCAUGGAGUUGUGUUAAGAAAGGAGAUUCUAUACUUAGGGUACUUUCGGCAUCGGAGUUCAGGGUCACGGAUACCAAAUACGGAUGGCUGCUUUCUGCAUUUAGGCCCUUCGGAGUUGAUACAGGAGGGCUAUGUGAAAAUGUCGAGCAGUAUUUAGCAUUGCAGCUGCGGUAUUUAAACGAUUUUCUUCGCCGGGAAUGAUGAUCUAGCCUUUGCCGUGAAAAAGAAAAUAGGGCUACAUGGAUGCGAUGAGGUUGAUUAACGUAUGAAUUGAUAAUCCAUGCAAUUAAUAAUCUCUAUGAUGGCUCCUAUGACACUUUGCCUUUCGUAUAUCCAUGUCCCAUUUCUAUCUCAUUAGUAAUCUGCCUGUUAUAGCGCUGCUGGCCUCAAGAUAAUUCUAUUACUAAAGCUACUUGUUUAAAGAGUGUAGGCUGAUCCUGGUCCCUGUCCGCCCUUCUGGUGCGAAGUAAAUAGUACCUUAGGUACGUUAGGUAUGGUUCGAUUCAGCCUAUUAAGAAGGAUUUUGCUAUCCUCUUGCAUAUUGUCAGUGUUACGAAGAGUGAUAAGGCAUUGGGUAGCACGUGGCUAUCUGAAUACUGGGUAUGAUGCAAAUGUUAUGCAGCAAUUCU